ACGAACAGCAUACACUCCCAGAGACGAACAGCAUAACAGAGCACAAUGAGCUGGCACGGAUUCAAGAAAGCGGUCAACCGCGCCGGAACGCAGGUGAUGAUGAAGACGGGACAGGUGGAGAAGACGAUUGAUCGUGAUUACGAGAUGGAGGAGAGGCGGUUCAGAACGAUGGAAACCGCAGCGAAUAAGUUGCAGAAGGAAGCGAAGGGAUAUCUUGAUUCUCUGCGAUCAAUGACUGCGUCGCAGACGCGAAUUGCGGAGACUGUUGAUGCGUUUUAUGGAGAGGCUGCGACGACGGAUGACACCUCGCGGUAUUACCGACAAGCAGUUGAAGAGCUGGAUUCGGAGACGGUGAAGGAGCUGGAUGGACCAUACAGAACUACGGUUCUUGAACCGAUCUCCCGCUUCUGUGCGUACUUCCCCGACAUCAACGAAGCGAUUAAGAAACGCAAUCACAAACUUCUGGAUUACGACGCCUUACGAGCAAAGGUUCGCAAGUUGACCGACAAACCCUCAGACGACGUCGUCAAGCUCCCCCGCGCCGAACAAGAAGCAAUGCAAGCAAAGGAAAUCUACGAAACACUCAACGAACAGCUCACGAACGAACUACCACAACUAAUCGACUUGCGAGUGCCGUAUCUGGAUCCGUCGUUUGAGGCUUUGGUCAAGAUUCAGUUGAGGUUUUGUCAGGAGGGGUAUGAGAGGUUGGCGCAGGUUCAGCAGUAUUUGGAUCCGAGUGUGAGGGAUGAGUAUGCGCAUGGAGUCUUGGAUCAGAAGGUCGAGACUGUGUUGCAGCAGAUGAGGGAAUUGAGUAUUUGCGGAUUGGGUGCGGCAUGA